UUGCGUGCACGUCGGCGCAGUCUUGGUCUGACACCUUGUUAUGCCCGUAAGUCGGUUCAUCCACCAUCUGCAGAUGCUUUAUCCGUCCCUGGAACGAAGCAACCUCCGACAUCUCGUAGCUCUCGAAAUGCUGCCUGCUCUGUUCGUCCCCUCCGACCAUCAGAGCAUGGUUGCCGUACUCCAGAUGCCCCAAAAAACCUUCAGUCUGACAAACGUUCUCCAAUAUCCAAUACAAGAGUAGCCAUCACUCCGGAUGAACCAAUCCUGAGUUAUCAUGAUGUGGGUAUAGAUCCUAACCUCGAAGCAUCUGGACAUGUUUAUAUUCCAAAUUUUCAGUUCCGCAAUUCGAUUAUAAACCUUCCGAAUCCCGAUGAUACAAUCAGCUCUGGAAAUAUUUUAUCUUCUAGACUUGAACAGACACAUGCCAAGUGCCCAAAAGAGGCGGGUCUCGAGACAGCUCGAGGCCAAAAGUAUCGAAGCCCAAAUCCGUCAGCCUCAGGUGAUCCCACAAGUCGUGCUAAUGCUGGGUAUUCGGGGCCACGGCUGCCACAUGUGCCUAUACGUAGAGUCAGCACAGCUGCACAGUCAAGGACAAACAGUCUGGUAACGGGAAUUCCUAGCCUCAGGACUGAGCACUUAGUUGCUGAAGAGCGCUUACGACGGUUUAGCGAAACAGGCAACGUCGAUUCUCCUUCGUUCGAACUGACGUCGGAUGCUUCGGAGCCCCAGUCUCUAUUGCCUGUUGUGACAAAUCCAAGUAAUUCCUUUUGA